AGUAGUAGUAGUAAUAGUAGUAGUAGUAGUAGUAGUAGUAGUAGUAGUAGUAGUAGUAGUAGUAGUAGUAGUAGUAGUAGUAGUAGUAGUAAGAAGAAGAAGAAUCCUGCGGAGGAGGAGGAGGAGGAGGAGGAGGAGGAGGAG